ACCUGUGGCACACAUGCCAUGGGUUCGCCAUCUCGGACCUAUAGUCCCCCCGCUGGUCAGUUCCUUUGGCCCCCAAAGUGCUGGGAUGGAGAGAAAGUUCAUUUGGGGAGAGGAGAGUUGAGACCAUUUGUUUCGUUCCUGGAAAGGACCCUCUCCGUCUUUUGAGCCUCGCUUGGCAGAGCCAUCGCCCUUUGCAGGCUUCCCACGACCCAAAGGUUUUUCCGCAGCGGGUCGGGGCGUUAAAAAACAGGCCCCGGGUGACUUUUGCAACGGCUGCAGCCAGCCAGCGUCAACAAGGCAGGGUGGGGGCCGAGGGCGCGACGUGGCAGGAACCGGCCCGUCUUCAGGUGAGCAAAGGCUCUUUAUAUAAUCCUCGCCUCUUCCAGAUCUGCCGCCGAAGCUCCCUCUGGCGGCGCGCCCGUGGAACUGCUACUCGGGGCGCCCCGAUUGCCAGACUCCCGACGGAAAAGUGGGGGGGGGGGGUUGUGGCCAGAUCCGGCUUGCAAAACUCCGGACCGCCUCUAGAUGGCAGCAAGACCUUGCAAGUGAACUCAUCUGGGGCUCCUUGGAAAGGAGGCGGCUCGCUGCUCCGCCUCUGGGCUCCGUGCGGGAUUCAAGGAGAACCACAUGCCCGGAUCUGAAGGGUGGCUGGGAAAAUCGUUCGUUCGGAGCACGGAGCGAGCGUUCUCACGAUCCGCGAAGGAGCGCAAACAGACAGCCCCGAGGCGCAAAGGCAAGCGGGCGAGGGCCGGGGUGGAGUGGAGUGGGGACGCCUUUUAACCGGGACGAGCCUCGCAGGCAAAGAAGAAUCCGAGCGGCGGAUCCGCGGAAAAGCGGGGCUCGAUCUUGCAAGGGAUCCGCUGGGGAUCCAAGAUCCCAGGAACUUGGCGUCUUAGGUAGUUAGGAUUUUCUGUCCCGAAGUUUCUUCAAAACCCGGAAGUGAGGCUUCACAGGGCGACUGUGCUUUUCGACGCGCGAGAGGGUUAAGCGGGACAAGCCGGGAAUCCCUUCCGACCACUCGGAUCCUCUCGCCGAGGGCGGGGGUGGAGCGAUCCCGUUAAAGGGAUCGCUUUCGGAGACAGUCCGGGGCCCCGUCGCGUGCAAACGUCAGUCAGGUGCAGCUCAAUACAGCAAGGAAAGGCUUAUUUCCCUCUCCCUCCCGGGUGUGGAUUGUUCUUACCUGUUGCAAUGGCAGCGGAAGAAGCACGGGUGGGUGUGCGCGCGGGUGUUUGAAGGUGCGUCUCCAAAAACUGGAGUUGACUCGGGUGCAGCUCUCGCUAUAUAGCAAGAGGAGUUUUCCCGGGUGUAGAUUGUUCUACCUGUUGCAACGGCAGAGGAAAGCCCGGGUGGUGUUAUGCGCGUGUAUUUUUAAGCGCUUCUGAAUUCAUGGAGAGCCCUAACAAUUUCUGCCGUCUUUGUGGCACUGUGCUGCGUGGGAAUCAACGGCGGUGGCUUUUCAGCCGGAGCAGUAAUGGCGCGCGCCCCGACCUGCUGGUGAUACUGUCCUAUGUCCUCGACCGAGAGCUUCCCCGGCGUGGAGAUGGGUGCGGAGAAUUCCUGUGUGGGAAAUGCGCCCAGGCCUUGGGGCGGGUGUACCAUUUCGACACGGUCAUCGCCCGGAUUCAAGCUCUCUCCAUUGACCGCCUCCAGCGCCUGCUUUCGGAGAAGGACCAGUUGGCCCGCUCGCUGCGCCACAUCUACACGCGGCGGUUUCCAGAUAGUGGGGCCUCCGUGUCCUAUGCGGGCCAAGAGAUCUCAGCCAGCAUAGCGGAUUUGCCCCAAGUGCAGUACCAGCGCCUCCUUCAGGAUGAUAUGGCCCUCUCUGAAUAUGAGUGCUGGGCUGACAGCCCUGACAGCAGCCGUCCGGGCACCCCGUGUCGGAACCGCCAAUGUCGCAGCUGCCACGGGCUGAGGGUGGAUGACAACAAUUAUGAGUGGGUGUGCCGGACACCAAGGCGACUGGGAACCUGGUCCCCCAUCUUCUCCCUCUGCCGGGACAAGUCACAAAGCAUGCCCACCGUGUGCUGCGCGGGCUCCCAGGCCUCUCUGCGGUCCCAGAGCUUGGGGGACGUCGAGUCGUGUUCCAUGCUGUCGUUGGACACUUUGCCAGAAUCAGAACUUGCCUGGGAGGCGCUGAAAAACCUGAAGGACAUUAGAAGGAAGCGGCUGAAGGUCCCGUUGGGCAGUAAGAUCCCUGUCCUGGUGGACAACUGGCGGGGGGCCACUCCCCAGAGAGAGAGCCCCGUGGGAGAAGAAUCCUAUGUGGACCUGAUGGAUGAGUUUCUGCCUCUUGAGCCAAAGCUCCAGGUUCAGCGGUCUCUGCACCAGGACCUCCAAAGAUCUUUUGAUAAUUUGAAGGAACUUCUUGAAACAGCCAAGGGAGAGCUGAAGAGCUUCCAGGAGAAGCAAGGAGGGGCACCUAACCAGGUAGAAUCCGAGGCUGGUUUUCCACCUGAGAAGGCCAUGAAUCACCAGGAACAGCUGAUCCAUCAACUGACCAGGUGUCUGCAAAGCAAGGAGGAGGUGUUACAGGACUGUUUGGUCAUCUUGCUGUCACUCGGAUCGCCUGGGGUGAACCCCCCGCAAUUGGAAACCCUGAUCAAGGAGAUGGCCCUGCGUCUGAAAGAUAGAGACCAAGCAUUAGAGAAGACUCAGUCCAGCCAUUUCUUGGCCCUGGAGUCUGUGCACCGUCAGUUAAGACACCUUCAGGAAGCACUGAAAGAUAAAGAUGCUGACUUGGCACGACUCAGCACCAGCCUCCGUACGGAAGAGGAGACCAUGCAUGCUCUGAGGGAGCUUUUGAACCAGAAAGAGCGGGAAAUCCAUCGCCUGGAGUCCCUCUGUGCCUCAACUCAGGAGUUCUGGCAACUGCAGGGCCAAACCUUGGUCUUCGCUUUGAAAGAGAAGGAAACCUUAAUUAAAGCACUCCAGGAAGCUUUGACCAGUAGCACCAAGGAUGUGGAGGCUCUUGCAAAUUCCCUCAGCAGCUCCGACUUGGCUCCAGCGUUUCUCCAACAGAUCCAGGAGAAGGAAGACUUGCUGGCCCAGUCCUUGGCUGAGCAGACACGGCUCCAGGCCGAGUGGCAAAGGCAGCUGCAGGUGGUAGAAGAGGCAGCCAGUGCCCGAGAACACAAACUCCAGGAGCAGUUAUGUCAACAAUCUCAGGAUGCCAAAGAGCGAGGCCAAGAAAUCGCACAACUCCGCAGGCAGCUGGCCCAGGCUGAAGCCAAACUAAGCCAAGGAGCUGUUCUCCUAGAGGAACACUGCACAAAAUUGGCUGAACUCCAAGAGAUGGAGAACCUAAAGGCACAUGCGCUGGAGAAAGCUCUGCGAGAAGGAGAGGAGAAGGACCGGCUCCUUCAACGCUUACAGGCCCACUGGGCUCCGGCAAGAAAGCAUGUUCCAGAUGGACAAAGCCAUCUCCUGCUUCCUCCCAUUUGAACCCGACCUCCAGGAUCCAAAGAAUAAGAGAUGCCAAAGAAUGAGAAGUGGUCAAUGGAUGAAUGGAAAUAAAGGAGCAGCAGCGGGUGAUUGAUCGAAUGGGCUGGUGUUUUGAUUUUUCAUUGCUUGGGGAGGGAAAGUAUGGGUUUGCUAGAUGGGAUUACCUCUCUACCUGUAGUGAGGGGAGAUCUCCUCAGAAGAUUUUGCAAGCUAGAAACUGCUGCUUUUAGGAAUUCACUGCCU